UCACACCAACCACUCUGUCUAUAAACCAGCAGGACGGGGACGGGGCUUCAGGACAGUAGUGUGAAAGCGUAUAAGGACACCAGCACAGUGUGAUACUGGAGGAGUGCUGGCAGGCACAACUUCCUAAAGAACAAAUCCAAGGAGCUCCAUUUGCUCUAGUUCCAUAGGACUGACAUAUUUUCACUGACAGAGAGAAAAGACAGGGAUUUAACCAUGAAGUGGAGUGUAGCACUGUUUUUUGCUGGACUCUUUGGUGCCUUAGGGACAGUCUUCAUACUCCUGUCCUUUGGUACAGAUUAUUGGCUUUUGGCUUUGGAGACUUGCAAAACAGAUUUGGAUUUGGAUAUGAUUGGUGAAAGGCAAGAGAAUGUGAUGAAACAAACUGCAGAUGUUGGAAACUCUUCCACCUUUCACCAUGAAGGCUUUUUCUGGCGCUGCUCAUUUGGAGGACAAGGGGACGAGGAUAUCAUCUUGAAGUUCUGGUUCACAAACCAGCCACACUUCAAGGUGUGCACACACUCCUACCUGGCUCCCUUCCCUGUAUCUGAACAAACCCACAAUGCAACCACUUACGAGUCUGCCAUCAUCUACAGAGGCUUCUGGAGUGUCUUCAUGCUGUUGGGAGUGACUGCAGUCAUCUUGGGUGGCUUCAUCAUAAUCUGUGCCGCUCCAUUCACCAAUUCCUGCCUCUAUAAAGCAGGAGGUGGACUCUUCCUUACAGCUGGUUUCUUCAUCCUUCUUGCCAUUGUACUGUCUGUCAUCUGGUUGGAGCUGAUGGAUAUGGUGGGUUUGUAUGUAGAGUACCAAAAAAGUCAUCUGUGUCCAAGCUUUCAGAUGAACGUUACGUAUGGCCUUUCCUUUAUGUUCGCCCCAGUGGGCGUGUUCUUCUCCCUACUUUCUGGCCUGCUCUUCCUUCUGAUUGGGCGAGCACUGAAGAAACAUUAUUAAUAAGCAUCUUAAUGUCCAGCGAAGGGGUAUUUGUUUAUGUCCUUGAUUAUGACUAUAUAGCAGUGGGUGUAUAGAAUUAAUACAGGUUAACAUCUUAGUAUUCUUUGCUAGAGGGGGAGAUUUAUUUAUCCUGACAGUGCAGGAUACAGAGAAAAUUAAUCAUAUGCAUGUUUUAAUUGGAGGACAAUGGUUAAUAUGGGCAGUGGGUUUGGGGAACCUUUUAAUUACUGCUCCAGAAGGUGAAUUUGUCUUGCCAGACUGACAUAUUAGCUCAAACAUGGUUAUUUAUUGAGUACUGUAAUUCUGUGGGACAAGAUUAGGGAUGAUAUGGGAUCACUUGGUGUAUGUGGGUGUGGGGCCAUCCUUGCACAUAUGUAUAGAGUGAUGUUACAGUUUUCUUUAAAAUUUUCUGUUAUUCUUAUGAUUUAUACUACUGGUCAAAGGACAUAUAGAGAGAGCCCAUUGAGAGUUAUUCUUCAUUUGUACUAUUUAAAUUUUUAUAUUUGUACUAUUUAAGUCUAAUUAAGAAUAUUUUAGCACUAUUAAAUAAUAUAUAGAGGUAGAUAGUGAACAUAAAUUCUUAUAAGUUCUCAUACACCCUUGGCAGAUUCUCAGUAAGCUUUAUGAGUGAACUUCACCCAAAUAAGCUUUUCUUGAUAUCUUGAAGCAGUCAGAGCACUUGAUAAAUUCUAAAUGAAAACCCUGCUUGCCUGGGGAAAAUAACUGAGUUAUGUAAAAACUACUUAUCUUCAUGUAUUGUUUUUAAAAAUCAUUAAUAAAUUGCAGCCAAUUGAUCGUGUGAAUUAAUUCAUUUCUUUAAAGUUACAAAAUUACAAAUUAAGUUUUGUGUUAGAUAUUAUUUGUAACUAAAUUUGUAACUAAGGCUUUAACUAAAUGUCCUGA